GUGCUUGACUUGCGAGGUGGAGACUAGCAUUAUCAUCACUUAAAAUUCUGGGUGCAUGCGUCCAUCCACUGUCUAUAAAAGGGAGCUAAAUCUCAGUGUUAAUGCAUACAACCUAGCUUCUUAUUUUUCUCUUUCUUCUCCAUCAUGGCUAUGUUUGAUUCCACUGUUAAAAGUUCUUCAAGAAUGGCCACACUGCUGCUUGUUUUUGGGCUGCUAAUGGCUAGCCUACACUUAACAGGUGCCCAAACGGGAGUGUGUUAUGGAAUGCAGGGUGACAACUUGCCACCGCCAGGAGAAGUUGUAGGUCUCUAUAACCAGUACAGCAUCCGAAGAAUGAGACUCUACGACCCUAACCAAGCUGCUCUCCAAGCCCUUAGAGGCUCCAACAUUGAGCUCAUGAUGGGUGUCCCAAAUGAUGCUCUUCAAAACAUUGCUUCCAGCCAAGGCAAUGCCAAUUCAUGGGUUCAAAACAAUAUUAAAAACUACGGUAAUGUCAGAUUCCGAUACGUUGCGGUUGGAAAUGAAGUAAGCCCUACGGGCUCCACUGCCCAAUUUGUUCUCCCUGCCAUGAGAAACAUUUUCAAUGCAAUUUCCGCAGCUGGCCUGGGGAACCAAAUUAAAGUUUCCACUGCCAUUGACACUGGGGUUCUGGGAACAUCCUACCCUCCAUCACAAGGCGCCUUCAAGCCAGAAGUCACGUCCUUUCUCAACUCCAUCAUCAACUUCCUGGUCAACAACCGUGCCCCACUGCUUGUUAACCUGUACCCUUACUUCAGUUACAUUGGUAACACCCGGGACAUUCGCCUAGAUUAUGCUCUUUUCACGGCUCCUGGAGUUGUGGUGCAAGAUGGACAGCUUGGUUACAGAAAUCUUUUUGAUGCCGUAUUGGAUGCUGUUUACUCGGCACUUGAGAAGGCUGGUGGCGGUUCUUUGCAGGUUGUUAUUUCAGAGAGUGGUUGGCCAUCAGCCGGUGGGACGGCAACCACAGUUGAUAACGCAAAGACUUACAACUCCAAUUUGAUUCAGCAUGUCAAGGGUGGGACUCCAAAGAAGCCUGGAGGGCCUAUCGAGACUUACGUGUUUGCCAUGUUUGAUGAGAACAGGAAAUCCCCAGAAUAUGAGAAACACUGGGGGCUCUUUUUACCAAACAAACAGGCUAAAUACCCAAUCAAUUUCAACUAAGAGCCUACAAAAUUACUAAGGAAUAAAGGCUCUUUUUUUUUUUUUCUUGUGUACUAGUUCUACAAUAAAUAAGGGUUUGUAGCCUCGUGGCAAAAUGAGAGGCAAAAAUGUUAUUUACUUUCUCUAAGACAAAAAACCCAUUUGGAGGCGGACAUAUCUAAUAAAAGAAGUUAUUAUCUA